UUACUCGUCAUUCAUUGGUCAGUGGGGAGGAAGUAACUGGAUGGGAUAAUGUUAGCUUGAGCCCCUCCGAAAAGACGCCUUAAGGUUUGCGCUAAACUGGUGUGUAAUUGAUUUUACAGACUCUCAUCGACAGUCUUCAUGAGGAUUUCGCUUCUCCACGUUUGUUUUAAACCGCUGAGAUUAUUUCCAGCCGAGGUUUCCAGUGCAGCAUGUGAUUAGCCUUCAUUAGCAAAGUGAAUGGACUGUUAGCCACCGGGGAGCUAAAGCAGCUAACAGCAGGAGUUAUUUAGUGCUUCCGAUGUUGAAGCUUUUCAAAGCUUAUGGUUUAGUGCUACAGGACGAGUCCAAACUCCGAGACUGUACGGAGAAGGCUAUGUCGUCUGUUGCCACCUCUAAGCCUUGCUGUUCAUCUGAGGACCGAGAGACUGGAGACAGAGUGGGACCAGAACCUCUGACCAAGCUUCAGGCAUCAGAUAAACAGAAGAUACAGGUUAUAUGGCUGAAACCUUGACCUUCUAGAACGUGUGAAGGUUGCAAACAAGGAUUGUGAAAAGCAGAAUCCCAAGUGGAGCCAGGAUGUCUGAAAUGAUAAAGGCUGAAGCAGAAGACCCUGGAGGGCUCUGUUUGGUUCCUAACGUACCUGCAGCAUCAACAUCUGAACUGGAGCAGAAACACGACAGCAAAGAUCUCAUUCAGCCGAUGUUUGUGAUUAAAGAUGUUCCCCAUGACUGGAGCUCCAGUUUGGAUCCCCAGAGCCCAGAACCCAGCUACAUAAAGGAGGAAGAUGAAGAACUGUGGAUCAGUCAGGAGGAAGAGCAGCUUACUAUGAAGAGUGAAGAAGAGAAACCUCGGUUAUCAGAGCUUCAUCACAUCAAAAUUGAAGACAACAGAAACACUGAUGCUCCAACCAGCAGCUCAGCUGAACAAAUGGAAACAGAACCAGAUGGAGAGGAAUUUGGAGGUCAAGUACCAGACAGAAUCCCAGAUCCAGUAUGUUUUUCUCACCACAGUAAGAUGACAGUUCACAAAAGAGGUCAAAAAUCUAAACUGUGUUCCGAACUUAAGGCUAAGAUUGAAGUUCAUGUCGAAGAGAAGAGAUUUGGUUGCGAUGUCUGCGGCAAAAGAUUCAAACAUGAGACUGAUGCUGAAUUGCACCUGAUGAUUCACGCUGGAAAGAGAAACUAUAUCUGUGAGCUCUGUGGGAAAGGAUUUAAAGAAAAGCGUUCUCUUCAGACGCAUGUGAGACUCCACACUGGAGAGAGACCAUUUGCCUGUGACCACUGUGGAAAACGGUUUCAUGCAAGGAAAUUUCUUAAAACUCACCUGCUGGUCCAUUCGGGAGAAAGACCAUUUUCCUGUGAUGUUUGUGGGACAGGAUUUAAGAUAAAGGAAUGUCUUAAAAAGCACAUGAUGAUCCAUACUGCUGAGAAACCAUUUGUUUGUAAUUUCUGUGGUAAAAGAUUUUCACUACAAGGGACUCUAAACAGACACAUACGCGUUCACACAGGAGAAAAACCAUUUGUUUGUAGUGUUUGUAGUAACAGCUUUUCUCUGAAAGAGACUCUGAAGAGUCACAUGCGUGUUCACACAGGAGAGAAACCGUUUGUUUGUAGUGUUUGUAGUACAGGAUUUUCACGACCAUUAUACCUGAGAAAGCACAUGAUAGUUCACACUGCGCCUGUUAGCUGUAGUGAUUGCAGUAAACUGUUUGUUAAUGAAACACAGUUAAAGCGACAUGUGAGACUCCACACAAAGGACAGACCAUUUGGCUGUGACGUCUGUAAAAGCAGAUUUAAUCAAAAGCGUCAUCUUGACAAUCACAUGAAAGGCCAUUCAGGAGAGAAACCGUUUGUUUGUGUUGUUUGUAGCAAAGCGUUUGCCCAGCAGGUCUCUCUGAGUAGUCACAUGCGUGUUCACACAGGAGAGAAACCGUUUGUUUGCAGUGUUUGUAGUAAAGCAUUUUCACUACAUGGAAAUCUGAAAAGACACAUGGGAAUUCAUGAGGACUGCAACUGAUGAUGUACUUGAUUAAAAAAAACUGACUUUUCAGUAUUUUUCCAAUUAAUUAUAAUCACACCUGUCUGCUUUCUGUUCUCAGUACUUGUAUAUGUUUUGUGCAACUGUGACUACAACUGUAAUUAGUCUCUAAACCUGUGAAUUUCAUUCUGAAGUUUAUAAAUGGUCAUAUAAAUUCUAAAGUAAAGUUUCUUGUCAAACCUU